AUGAGGGGGAAGGAAGGGGGGGCAGAUGCAGCCGAUGAUGAGAGCUACCUCCAGGCCGUAACGAGACUGUGCACCAACUCGAGGUUUCUCCUCGCAAUUAAGGCCUAUGAGCGAGCCUUAUAUGAUGCCGAAGGUGCCACUGCGGCAGAAUCCUUAUCUGAAGAGGUUGGUGACGUGGUGCCAGUGGAUGUCUUGUUCAAAGAUUUUCUGCUCCACUGCAACGCGCUCAGCGUCAAGUGUGUUGGAACGGAUCUCAGGGCAGCGAAGGAUUAUUUGCACAUAUGCCUUUAUCAGCUAGAGAGACGAGGCUUGGUACAGUGGAGCCGUGAGGCUGAUAAGGUCAGUGAGGUACUCGUGCCAGACCAGGAUGAUGAGGGCAUCACAUUUCUCAUAUCUGUAACGCUAAACAACUGGUCAUGCCUCCUGCUGCGAUCAGGUGAAAUAGAAGAGGCUGCUGUCUUCCUCCAGGCAGCGCUAUAUGCUUCACCUGCAAUAGAGAUGACCCGUAUUGUUCUGCUUAAUAUGUGCGCGCUGCAUGUGCGUAACUGCUGCUUCCCUGAGAUCCGACUAACUGCCAUGGGACUGUUUCAAGAGGGCGAAGGUGACAUCGGAGGAGGCGAAAGAAAAUUAUGUACCAGUCUAGAUGCCACUGAGGAUGUGAACGGACUGCUUUUUGCAUUUGCAUACCACAAUGUGGCCAUUGCAGAAGAAUACCUCGCCCCACAGGACGCAGAGAAAUUCUACAAUCAAGCCAAAGAGUGUAUCAUCGCGAGCCCAUACCAGGAGUGGUCAUCAAUCAUUGAAGGCAGCCGAAGGAGGUUCCAGGCGAUUGUACAACGGCACAGGGAAGAGGCAGCACGAAAACGAGAGGCCAUCGAGGAAGAAAUGGAAGCUGCCAGGUUGGCGGAAGUGUCAAAUCGUCGCAAAGGAAGGGCCGCAAAGAAUGCAACAGUUCAGCGGUCCUCCGUGAAGCCCCAAAGUCGCAGCAGAAAGUCUAAGAAGCGUAUCUCAACCCUGGCAGCAGAUGGCAGCGAUGAGCCCGUGGAGUUUCCCCCAAUCAGUGAAGAGGUGUGGAGAGCGAUUCGAGCGAGGGGUUUGACAGGAGCCGUGGUUCCACUGCUCAGUAUUGCAGAGGUUGGGCACAUAGUGUUCGGAAAGGGUCAGGACCUUGAAUCGCCUUUUGCCUUACUUCAAGGUGUGUCCUCAAGCAGUGUUGCCAUGAUUUUGUUGUGGGAGGAAACGCCGCUGCAGGUUGCAGAUGAGAGAGAGCGGGAGAAUUCCACGCCUGUGAGGCGAACGGUGUGGUCUGUGUUUGCCCCACGAUAUGAAGACAGGAUUAUUUUGCCACCGAUCAAACCAAAACGAGGCAUCAUGGAGUCAACUAUGACAGUGGAUGCACUGAAGUCUUUCAUGCCACCUCCAUUGUCUGAGAAAGCAAUUGAGGACGCGGAGCGUGGCGUUACUGGUGUUAAGAAACUGCUCAAUCACCGGCUAAUGGCGCUCCUGCGAGCUGAGAACGCAUUCGAAGAAAAAUGGAAAGCAACCAUGGUUGUGAAGAAAACUCUCACCGCAUUCAAUCUCGCACAGGACAUCAUGAAACUGAAGGUGACCAUAAAAGAGAAUAGGGCAAAACGUACGGCAUUAGAGAAUGCUAGUGCGCGGCGCAUAGUCCGUUUCUUUCGACUUGUAUCACGGAGCCACCACCAGAUUCAGGGGCCUAUCGAUAAGAAUAUGAGGAUCAAACACUUUGAGGAAAAGUCGUCGGUCACGCUGCAGAAGUAUGUGCGACGAUGGCUAGCAGUUAAGGAAUUGCGAAGGCUUCAAGCUGAACGUCAGGCGAAUAUUAAGCGUGUUGUGACAGUUCAAAGCAUAUACCGUGGGCGCGUCACACGCCGUCAAUACUUUGCAUGGCGAGAAGAUGAGUUGGGCACACGUGCAGAAAAUGGGACGAAAGAAAAACGCGAGUUCGCCGCCACGCAGAUUCAACGUGCGUACCGACGUCAUGCAUAUCUCCUUCAGAAGUGGUGUGAUGAGGGGCAGACUAAGCGCUUCAUACUUCACCACUACAAAUGCUCUAGAGAGUACUAUGCAACACUCAUUCAGAAGACAUUUCGUGGAUAUCUCGUACGGCGUGUCUACGGUCGCACAGUUUACGCAAAGCGAUGCUAUGGUCGGAACUGCUGUCGUGCGGCAGUAUUUAACACAUGUGCUACAAUUAUACAGAGUGCAUUUCGAGGGCAUGUGGCUCGUCGAGCCCAAAGGGGCCAACUGCAGCAGCACCUGUUGCAGACCAUGCGAAAAUGUGUGGAGGCACGGCAGCAACGCCAGCAAAAGGCGGCGGUGGUCAUCCAAUGUGCCUAUCGUAGAUACAGGGCACGUCAAACAAUUGCACAGAUACGGGCGGCACGCGAGAAGGAGCGACUGCUGCGGCGCAAGCGAGUGUACCCGUCGUUUCGGCUGGAGGAACAGGUGUACUAA